AUGAGCAACCCAGGACAGGCGUUUGCACGUCUCGCGCAGCAGCUAAACCGCGCUCGCCAGCAAGCACAGCGCUCCACUGGCGGCGGCGGUGCCGGCGGUGGUGGUCCCGGCGGCCCAGGUGGCCUUCUUGCCGGCUCGGGGGUGCUCAUCAUGCUUGUUGCCGGCGGAUUGGUACUCAACGCGUCCCUCUUCAACGUCGAUGGUGGACAUCGUGCUAUCAAGUACUCGCGUCUCCAUGGUGUCAUGAGCAAGAUCUACCCGGAAGGGACGCACGUUCGGAUCCCCUGGGUCGAGACGCCCAUCAUCUACGACGUGCGCGCCAAGCCGAGGAACAUUGCCUCGCUUACGGGUACCAAGGACUUGCAGAUGGUCAACAUCACCUGCCGUGUCCUGUCGCGCCCAGCCAUCGACGACUUGCCGACGAUCUACCGCGAGCUCGGGACGGACUACGACGAGCGUGUCCUUCCUUCCAUUGUGAACGAGGUGCUCAAGUCGGUCGUUGCGCAGUUCAACGCUUCGCAGCUCAUCACUCAGCGUGAGAUGGUCUCGCGUCUGGUGCGCGACAACCUCACCCGCCGUGCCCGCCGCUUCGACCUCAUCCUCGAUGAUGUGUCGAUCACACACGUCGCGUUCUCGCCCGAGUUCACGCACGCUGUCGAGGCCAAGCAGGUCGCGCAGCAGAUUGCGCAGCGUGCUGCGUUCCAGGUCGACCAGGCCAUCCAGGAGAAGCAGAGCAUUAUCGUCCGCGCACAGGGUGAGGCCAAGUCGGCCGAGCUCAUUGGCGAGGCUGUUCGCAACAACAAGGGCUUCCUCCAGUUGCGCAAGCUCGAGGCCGCGCGCGAGAUUGCCGGGGUCGUGUCCUCGAGCGGAAACCGUGUCAUGCUCGACUCGAACGCGCUCCUCCUCAACGUCACCGACGACAGCAUUCUCCAGCCCCUCCCCAAGAAGUAG